UUGGUAAGGUAGCCACAGAACUGAAGACUUAGAAGUGGGAGUCCAAAAGCUUGGAACAAGAUUUUGUUCAUUCAUUCCUACAGCCGUUCAACUAGCAUAUUCUGGCCACUUCUCAUGCACACUGGUCAUCCACCAGGGAGAUUGGCCAUGCUUAGGCACAGGCUUAAUGUAAAUCAUGUUUAAUCCUUCCCUGGACAAGUUCUGCCUUUCAGCUUCACCUUCCUCAUCUAUAAAAUAAGAAUAACCUUGAAUGCGGCACUGAUAGAAUUAAAAGUGAGAUAAUUGGUCGGGUGUGGUGGUACAUGUCUGUAAUCCUAGCACUUUGGGAGGCCACGGUAGGAGGAUCACUUGAGUCUAGGAGUUUGAGACCAGCCUGGGCAACAAAAUGAUAAAUUAUCAAGGAACAAUAAAAUGAUCUUGUUACAAAGAAAACCAAAUUCUCAAACAUGCAUGAAAUAUGAAGAAAAUAAACUCCCAUGACACAUCAUUUGGCUUCAAAAAUUAUCAAUAUUUGAACUUAGAGCCUUUGAUUUUGAUUUUUGCAUCUCUACAAAAAUUACAAAAUAUUAGCUAGGCGUGGUGGCGGGUGCCUGUAGUCCUAGCUACUUAGGCUGAGUUGGGAGGAUUGUUUGAGCCCUGGGAGGUCCAGGGUGCAAUGAGCCAUAAUCGAGUCACUGUGUGUGAGACUGCCACACACACACACACACACACACGUGAGACUACGCACUCAGAAAUGCACAUAAACAUAAUUGGUCUUCUGGAACACAUGUGUCGUUUGCCACUGUUAUCUGUUAGGCUUUAGGGCUUGAUGACAGAAAUCAGAAGGCAGUCUCUCCUUCCUCUUACAUUCCUUUCCCAAUCUAAGAGGGCAGCAAAAAGCUCAGAGGUCCACCGUACACGCAGCGUGUGAGAUGCCGAAAGCCCGCCCCAUCUAUGACAGCAUUCAUCCAUCUCCCAAAUUCAUCUGGGUCCUACUCUCGAGUUACCCGGCUUCUUGAGGUCUUGCAGCUCUACAAGGAUAAUCUGUGCUAAACUUUGCUGUCGUCCGAGGUCAAAUGUUUGGCUCACAGGUUGGAGAGCCUCCCAUGGCACCCGCCUUUGGUCCUGAGAAGGGCAAGGCGCCCAGGGGGCGGUCUGGUGGAGCACGAGACAGCUGUCUCCCAGUCUCCCCAAAUCCGUGCCCGAGGGGGCGUUUCUGCGUCGCAGGGGCGGGCACAGCCGACGCCUCCCUGCUCCACCUUCUGUGUCGGCGCCAAGACUCGGAUAGUGAAUUUCGGGAAGUUUCACUCGGGUGCGAGCACGUGGGCACCUCAGGACCCGGGCUCCGCGCCGCGCGCUCGGCUACCCUCUCCAUCCAGCCGCGCGGGCGGCCCUCGCCUCACCCCUGGGCGUGGCUCUGGGCUCCCUUUGGCGUCGCCAGCUUCGCCUCCUCUCGCCGCGUCUCCUCCCGCCGCGUCACCCGUCGGUCCCGGCCGAGCUCGCACGCGGUGCGCGGCUCCCGGGCUCCAGGCGGCUGCGCGUAACGGGCGCCCCCGAGGCGGCCCUGGUAGCGGCGGGCCUGAGAGGCGGGGACUGGGCGUGCCGCCGGCGCCCGGCUCCCGGAAACGGCUGCUUCACAGGCUCCUGCCGAGCGGACCGGCGAGGCGGCGGGAGCUCCAGCAUCUCUGCUCACGGUCCAGGAGGGGAGCCCGCGGCCACCGCCGCCUGAUCAGCGCGACCCCGGCCCGCGCCCCCCACGCCCGGCAAGAUGCUGCCAGUGUACCAGGAGGUGAAGCCCAACCCGCUGCAGGGCGCGAACCUCUGCUCGCGUGUGUUCUUCUGGUGGCUCAAUCCCUUGUUUAAGAUUGGCCAUAAACGGAGAUUAGAGGAAGAUGAUAUGUAUUCAGUGCUGCCAGAAGACCGCUCACAGCACCUUGGAGAGGAGUUGCAAGGGUUCUGGGAUAAAGAAGUUUUAAGAGCUGAGAAUGACGCACAGAAGCCUUCUUUAACAAGAGCAAUCAUAAAGUGUUACUGGAAAUCUUAUUUAGUUUUGGGAAUUUUUACAUUAAUUGAGGAAAGUGCCAAAGUAAUCCAGCCCAUAUUUUUGGGAAAAAUUAUUAAUUAUUUUGAAAAUUACGAUCCCAUGGAUUCCGUGGCUUUGAACACAGCGUACGCCUAUGCCACGGUGCUGACUGUUUGCACGCUCAUUUUGGCCAUACUGCAUCACUUAUAUUUUUAUCACGUUCAGUGUGCUGGGAUGAGGUUACGAAUAGCCAUGUGCCAUAUGAUUUAUCGGAAGGCACUUCGUCUUAGUAACAUGGCCAUGGGGAAGACAACCACAGGCCAGAUAGUCAAUCUGCUGUCCAAUGAUGUCAACAAGUUUGACCAGGUGACAGUGUUCUUACACUUCCUGUGGGCAGGGCCACUGCAGGCGAUCGCAGUGACUGCCCUACUCUGGAUGGAGAUAGGAAUAUCGUGCCUUGCUGGGAUGGCAGUUCUAAUUAUUCUCCUGCCCUUCCAAAGCUGUUUCGGGAAGUUGUUCUCAUCACUGAGGAGUAAAACUGCAACUUUCACGGAUGCCAGGAUCAGGACCAUGAAUGAAGUUAUAACUGGCAUAAGGAUAAUAAAAAUGUACGCCUGGGAAAAGUCAUUUGCAGAUCUUGUUACCAAUUUGAGAAAGAAGGAGAUUUCCAAGAUUCUGAGAAGUUCCUACCUCAGAGGGAUGAAUUUGGCCUCGUUUUUCAGUGCAAGCAAAAUCAUCGUGUUUGUGACCUUCACCACCUACGUGCUCCUCGGCAACGUAAUCACAGCCAGCCGCGUGUUCGUGGCCGUGACACUGUACGGGGCUGUGCGGCUGACGGUCACCCUCUUCUUCCCCGCAGCCAUUGAGAAGGUGUCAGAGGCAAUCAUCAGCAUCCGAAGAAUCCAGAACUUUUUGCUACUUGAUGAGAUAUCACAGCGUAACCGUCAGCCGCCGUCAGAUGGUAAAAAGAUGGUGCAUGUGCAGGACUUUACUGCUUUUUGGGAUAAGGCAUCAGAGACCCCAACUCUACAAGGCCUUUCCUUUACUGUCAGACCUGGUGAAUUGUUAGCUGUGGUCGGCCCCGUGGGAGCAGGGAAGUCAUCACUGUUAAGUGCUGUGCUCGGGGAAUUGGCCCCCAGUCACGGGCUGGUCAGCGUGCAUGGAAGAAUUGCUUAUGUGUCUCAGCAGCCCUGGGUGUUCUCGGGAACUGUGAGGAGUAAUAUUUUAUUUGGGAAGAAAUAUGAAAAGGAACGAUAUGAAAAAGUCAUAAAGGCUUGUGCUCUGAAAAAGGAUUUACAGCUGUUGGAGGAUGGUGAUCUGACUGUGAUAGGAGAUCGGGGAACCACACUGAGUGGAGGGCAGAAAGCGCGGGUAAACCUUGCAAGAGCAGUGUAUCAAGAUGCUGACAUCUAUCUCCUGGACGAUCCUCUCAGUGCAGUAGAUGCAGAAGUUAGCAGGCACUUGUUCGAACUGUGUAUUUGUCAAACUUUGCAUGAGAAGAUCACAAUUUUAGUGACUCAUCAGUUGCAGUACCUCAAAGCUGCAAGUCAGAUUCUGAUAUUGAAAGAUGGUAAAAUGGUGCAGAAGGGGACUUACACUGAGUUCCUAAAAUCUGGUAUAGAUUUUGGUUCCCUUUUGAAGAAGGACAACGAGGAAAGCGAACAACUUCCAGUUCCAGGAACUCCCACGCUGAGGAAUCGCACCUUCUCAGAGUCUUCCGUUUGGUCUCAGCAAUCUUCUAGACCCUCCUUGAAAGAUGGUGCUGUGGAGACCCAAGAUACGGAGAAUGUCCCAGUUACACUCUCAGAUGAGAACCGUUCUGAAGGAAAAGUUGGUUUUCAGGCCUACAAGAAUUACUUCAGAGCUGGUGCUCACUGGAUUGUCAUCAUUUUCCUUAUUCUCCUAAACACUGCAGCUCAGGUUGCCUAUGUUCUUCAAGAUUGGUGGCUUUCGUACUGGGCAAACCAACAAAGUACGCUAAAUGUCACUGUAAAUGGAGGAGGAAAUGUAACCAAGAAGCUAGAUCUUAACUGGUACUUAGGAAUUUAUUCAGGUUUAACUGUAGCUACCGUUCUUUUUGGCAUAGCAAGAUCUCUAUUGGUAUUCUACGUCCUUGUUAAUUCUUCACAAACUUUGCACAACAAAAUGUUUGAGUCAAUUCUGAAAGCUCCAGUAUUAUUCUUUGAUAGAAAUCCAAUAGGAAGAAUUUUAAAUCGUUUCUCCAAAGACAUUGGACACUUGGAUGAUUUACUGCCACUGACGGUUUUAGAUUUCAUCCAGACAUUGCUACAAGUGGUUGGUGUGGUCUCUGUGGCUGUGGCUGUGAUUCCUUGGAUCGCAAUACCCUUGGUUCCCCUUGGAAUCGUUUUCAUUUUUCUUCGGCGAUAUUUUUUGGAAACAUCAAGAGAUGUGAAGCGCCUGGAAUCUACAACUCGGAGCCCGGUGUUUUCCCACUUAUCAUCUUCUCUCCAGGGCCUCUGGACCAUCCGGGCAUACAAAGCCGAAGAGAGGUGUCAGGAACUGUUUGAUGCACACCAGGAUUUACAUUCAGAGGCUUGGUUCUUGUUUUUGACUACAUCCCGCUGGUUCGCCGUCCGUCUGGAUGCCAUCUGUGCCAUGUUUGUCAUCGUCGUUGCCUUUGGGUCCCUGAUUCUGGCAAAAACUCUGGAUGCCGGGCAGGUGGGCUUGGCGCUGUCCUACGCCCUCACACUCAUGGGGAUGUUUCAGUGGUGUGUUCGACAGAGUGCCGAAGUUGAGAAUAUGAUGAUCUCAGUAGAAAGAGUGAUUGAAUACACAGACCUUGAAAAAGAAGCACCUUGGGAAUAUCAGAAACGGCCACCACCGACCUGGCCCCAUGAAGGAGUGAUCAUCUUUGACAAUGUGAACUUCAUGUACAGUCUAGAUGGGCCUCUGGUACUGAAGCAUCUGACAGCACUCAUUAAAUCACGAGAAAAGGUUGGCAUUGUGGGAAGAACUGGAGCUGGAAAAAGUUCCCUCAUCUCAGCCCUUUUCAGACUGUCAGAACCCGAAGGUAAAAUUUGGAUUGAUAAGAUCUUGACAACUGAAAUUGGACUUCACGAUUUAAGGAAGAAAAUGUCAAUCAUACCUCAGGAACCUGUUUUGUUCACUGGAACAAUGAGGAAAAACCUGGAUCCCUUCAAUGAGCACACGGAUGAGGAACUGUGGAAUGCCUUACAAGAGGUACAACUUAAAGAAACCAUUGAAGAUCUUCCUGGUAAAAUGGAUACUGAAUUAGCAGAAUCAGGAUCCAAUUUUAGUGUCGGACAAAGACAACUGGUAUGCCUUGCCAGGGCAAUUCUCAGGAAAAAUCAGAUAUUGAUUAUUGAUGAAGCAACGGCAAAUGUGGAUCCAAGAACUGAUGAGUUAAUACAAAAGAAAAUCCGGGAGAAAUUUGCCCACUGCACCGUGCUAACCAUUGCACACAGAUUGAACACCAUUAUUGACAGCGACAGAAUAAUGGUUUUAGAUUCAGGAAGACUGAAAGAAUAUGAUGAGCCAUAUGUUUUGCUACAAAAUAAAGAGAGCCUAUUUUACAAGAUGGUGCAACAACUGGGCAAGGCAGAAGCCGCGGCCCUCACUGAAACAGCAAAACAGGUAUACUUCAAAAGAAAUUAUCCACAUAUCGGUCACACUGACCAUGUGGUUACAAACACUUCCAAUGGACAGCCCUCGACCUUAACUAUUUUCGAGACAGCACUGUGAAUCCAACCAAGACGUCAAGUCUGUUCCGAAGGUGUUUUCUGCUAGUUUUUGGACUAUGUAAACCACAUUGUAAUUUUUUUACUUUGGCAACAAAUAUUUAUACAUACAAGAUGCCGGUUCAUUUGAAUAUUUCUCCCAACUUAUCCAGUGAUCUCCAGCUCUAACAAAAUGGUUUAUUUUUAUUUAAAUGUCAAUAGUUGUUUUUUAAAAUCCAAAUCAGAGAUGCAGGCCACCAGUUAAAUGCUGUCUAUCAGGUUUUGUGCCUUAAGAAACUACAGAGUCAAAGCUCAUUUUUAAAGGAGUAGGACAAAGUUGUCACAGGUUUUUGUUGUUGUUGUUUUUACUGCCCCAAAAUUACAUGUUAAUUUCCAUUUAUAUCAGGGAUUCUAUUUACUUGAAGACUGUGAAGUUGCCAUUUUGUCUCAUUGUUUUCUUUGACAUAACUAGGAUCCAUUAUUUUCUCUGAAGGCUUCUUGUUAGAAAAUAGUACAGUUAAAACCAAUAGGAACAACAAAAAGAAAAAGUUUGCGACAUAGUAGUAGGGAGUAUGUAACCCUUACUCUCCACCAAAAAAAAAAAAAAAGGGAUAUUUGUUUAAAGGAUAGAAGGACAAUAUUUUAUCAUAUGUUCUAAAAGAGAAGGAAGAGAAAAUAUUACUGUCUCAAAAUGGAGGCCCUUAAAGGUGCUUUGAUACUGAAGGACACAAAUGUGACCGUCCAUCCUCCUUUAGAGUUGCAUGACUUGGACAUGGUAACUGUUGCAGUUUUAGACUCAGCAUCGUGACACUUCCCAAGAAGGCCAAACCUCUAACCGACAUUCCUGAAAUACGUGGCAUCAUUCUUUUUUGGAUUUCUCAUUUAUGGAAGGCUAACCCUCUGUUGACUGUAAGCCUUUUGGUUUAGGCUUUAUUGAAAUCCUUUCUAAAUUGCAUGAAUAGGCUCUGCUAACCUGAUGAGACAAACUGAAAGUUGUUGCAAGCAUUGACUAUAAUUAUGCAGUAUGUUCUCAGGAUGCAUCCAGGGGUUCAUUUUCAUGAGCCUGUCCAGGUUAGUUUACUUCUGACCACUAAUAGCAUUGUCAUUUGGGCUUUCUGUUGAAUGAAUCAACAAACCACAAUACUUCCUGGGACCUGUUGUACUUUAUUUGAACUGUGGGUCUUUGAUUUUUCUUGAUGGUGGUGGCUGCAACAUGUUGAGUUCAGUUUACUAAAGGUUUUACUAUUAUGGUUUGAAGUGGAGUCUCAUGACCUCUCAGAAUAAGGUAUCACUUCCCUGAAAUUGCAUUUAUGUAUAUAGACAUGCACACGUGUGCAUUUGUUUGUAUACAUAUAUGUGUCCUUCAUAUAGCAAGUUUUUUGACACAUCAGCAGAGAGCAACAGAUGUUUUAUUGAGUGAAGCCUUAAAAAGCACACACACAGCUAACUACCAAAAUACAUUGACUGUAGUAGCUGUUCAACUCCUAGUACUUAGAAAUAAAUGUAUGGUUAAUGUUCAGUCCAAUAAACCACACACAGUAAACGUUUACUAAUAGUCAUGGCUCGUAUUUUAGGUGACUGAAAUUACAACGGUGAUCAUAAUGAGGUUUGUUAAAACGUUAGCUAUAUUCAGAAUGUCUAUAUGUUUAUUUGGACUUUUGAGGUUAAAGACAGUCAUAUAAACAUCCUGUUUCUGUUUUAAUGUUGUCAUAGAAUUUUUUAAUGAAACUAAAUUCAGUUGAAAUAAAUGAUAGUUUUCAUCUCCA